CACUGAUAAGGAAACGUUUGCAAAUUUCUUAAGGAACGGGCAAAAUGUGUGCACCUUGCGUCUCUGUAACGGACUUAACAUCUGCCAAUGUUAGCUGAGUGAAAGAUAUUAAUUUAUUCAUUGUGCAGUGCACAUGCAUACUUAUAUAAUUAUUGCAACCCCCACAUGUUCUGCGUGAUAACAAACUGACAGUUGAUGGUACCGAGCGGCUCAAAAUUAUAAAAGCAUCGAGCGACAUGAUAUUGCUUGCAUUCGAUUAUAGUGUGACGUUUCAUGCACAGUGCAAAUGGACAACCAACAAUCCGAUAAAGCAGCAGCUGCAGCAACAAGCGAAGAAGCAGCAACGCCAACAAUCAACACCCUGGUUGAGACGAUAGCGGUCGACAAGGAGGUGGAGGUGGAAAUGGCGGAUGAGGAAUGGUGUGUGGUUGACAGCAGCGAUUCGCCGCCGGCAAAACGUGUCCACUUUUCCACAGCGUGUGAUACGCCAAAACGUGGUGGAAAAGGUCGGGGCCACGGCAUUUAUUUUGCCGAUCAACGCGUCAUCGCUCAGGGCAGAGGAAGAGGCCGCCAAAUUGAUGCGGGUGGAGUGAGCGCGGAGUCAUCAUUGCAACAGUCCAGUCGUAAUAGUGGACACCAAGCUGAAGCAUCAUUGAUUCUGCUAGACGUGACAAACUCAUCACAACCGAGAGUCGUGAACGCUACUGCUACUAACAUCGACAACGAAGUUGAAAACAUUGACCCGCAGCAAACCUCUUCAAAGCGGUAAGACGGCAAAACCUAUUAUUAC